AUGUGUCACAAAUCCAGCCUUUCAGCGCGUGUGGCGUCGCAGGACAAACGUAUGGCCCAGCUGGAAGGCAAGAUUCUGACCUCGUCGGACGACGGAAGCAGUCAUAGGAGCGAUAACACCAGCUUUGGGACGGGUGAUGAACUUCAGGUGGUACGGGACUCGCUACAUAACCUGUGUCUGAGCUUCAAGGGUACAGAUCCACAGCAGCACACGAUAGACACACUGGAACAGAGCGUGUCAGCUCUCCUCGAUAAAAUCUCGAUGUCCGCAACCUCUUCGGUCGGCUGAGGGGAC